AUGGAUCGUGUGCACCUAAGCGCGCGUCUCGCCAAGGUUGUAGUGCUGGUGUGUGUGUGCGCGCUGCCUCUGCCGCUGAGGGGCCAAAGCCCCGGGCAGGUGGACCCUCUCACUCUGAGUCGCGCGGACGCGCAGUGCUGGGAGUCCUCCUCCGAGCUGCUGCUGGAGAUGCGCGCGCCGCGGAUCGCCGACACCGUGCCCGCCUUCUGGGACCUCAUGGUGUUUCUGAAGUCGUCGGGCAACCGGAAGCAUGGCGCUCUGUUCUGGGACCUGGCCCAGGUCUUCUGGGACCUCUACGUGGACUGUGUUCUGUCCCGGAACCACGGGCUGGGGAGGCGGCACCUCGCGCAGCCGGGAGAGCGCAUCACGGCCUCGCGCUCCCUCAUCACGGACCAGUCCUUUGUGCAAGAGUCACAGAGCCAUUUCUCAAAGUUUUCUCGGGGCUGGUUCCGAAUCCAAGUGCAGCAGGUUGGACCACAUAGCUUGCAUCGUGGUGCCCAUCGAAAACCCUGGGACACCAAGAAAAUUUCAAGUUUUUAA